AUGCCGAGGGCUUCCUUCUCGCUCGCCGGCGUGCGGCGUGCGGUCUCCUCGGAUGCCUGCGGGUUCGAGUGCAGCCUGCACGUGGACCUCCAGCAGCGCGCCUGCGAGUUCCUGGAGCUGCUCGAGGGCGAGUGGGACUCCUCGCGCGCAGGCAUCCUGGACCGCAUGCCGGUGAUCGAGAAGGAGGACGGCGCGGACGGCCGCGGCGUGGGCGACACCAUGCUGGACGACGUGCCCUCGGGGCCCGUGGGCGGCGGCGGCGUGAAGCCAGGCGGCGGCGGCGGCGGCGGCGGCGGCGGUGACCUCCUGGACCUCGGGGACCUGCUCGGCGACUCGGGGCCGCCCGCGGCGGCGCCCGCGGCGGCGGCGGCCCCCGUCGGCGGCGGAGGCGGCGACCUGGGGCUGCUCGGCGACCUGCUGGGCGGAGGCGGCGCCCCCGCGCCGGCGGCGGCCCCGCCCGUGGCGGUCGCCGCCCCGGGCGGCGUGGCGCCAGGCGACUUGGGCCUCAUGGACAUCUUCGGGGGCGGCGGUGGGGCGCCCGCCGGCGGAGCUGCCCCGGUGGAGGUGCUGGCUUACGAGAAGGCCGGGCUGAAGAUCUCCAUGAGCUGCCAGAGAAACCCCGACGGCUCCGCCAACAUCACUGCGCGCUUCUUCAACUCCUGUGACGCUCCCAUGACGAACUUCGUGUUCGAGGCGGCGGUGCCGAAGUACGUCCGCCUGGAGAUGAAGCCGGCUACCGGACAGAUGCUCCCUCCGCACAGCAACAGCGUCACGCAGAGCAUGGUCACCAUGAACCAGUCCAACGGAGAGAAGGCGUUGCUAAUGAAGCUGAGGAUCGGGUACGUGCUCAACGGGACUCCCGUCCAGGAGAUGGGGCAGGUUGGUGGCUUCCCGCCCGGCUACUGAGGGCGCGCGGUUGCCCCCUGCUAUUAUCGCUCCCCGUCGUGUUCGUAUUCUUCCCCCUCCUCGGGGACUUGCUCUUGCUCCUGCUCGUAAUCCCCCGUGAUGUUGCAUCCACUGUUGCUGUCAUCAUUGCCUGUUUCUUGCUUCGCUUUCCUCGCCACAAAUUUGGAUCACCUUUCCGUCCGGAAAGGCCAGCACGCUUGCUUCUCUAUUAGAGUCUCCACGAGAUUGCAUUGUGGCGGUCUUUGGCUUUGUCCCCUCUCCUGCAGAAAA